AAAGAAAAAAUGAUGGUGGGAAAGGAAGAUCUGGGUUUAAGUCUCAGCUUGGGUUUUCCCCAGAAUCAACAAUCUCUGCAGUUAAAUCUAAGGUCUUCUCUGAUUCCAUCCUCAACUGAUUCUUGCUCUUCCCCUCCGAAAUUCUCAUGGAACGAUGUUUCUGCUCCUUCAGAAUCUUUCCGGGCCGAGACAAGAUCGUUUCUUAGAGGAAUCGACGUGAACAGUUUGCCGUCGACGGUCGACUGUGAAGAGGAAGCCGGAGUUUCGUCUCCCAACAGCACGAUAUCGAGUGUGAGUGGGAAAAGGUCCGAAAGAGAAGGCACUAAUGGAGAUGAGAUCGAUAUUGAAAGAGCUUGUUCUCGUGGUAUCAGUGACGAAGAAGAUGGUGAUACUUCAAGGAAAAAGCUUAGACUUUCUAAGGAUCAAUCUGCUAUUCUCGAAGAAAGCUUUAAGGAACACAACACUCUCAACCCAAAACAAAAGAUGGCCUUGGCUAAGCAGCUGGGAUUACGACCCAGACAAGUUGAAGUGUGGUUCCAAAACAGAAGGGCAAGGACCAAGCUGAAGCAGACUGAGGUUGACUGUGAGUUCCUGAAGCGAUGCUGUGAGAAUCUGACGGAGGAGAACAGGCGGUUGGUGAAGGAGGUUCAGGAGCUGAGAGUACUGAAACUUUCCCCUCAGUUCUACACCCAAACGACCCCACCAACUACCCUCACCAUGUGCCCAUCAUGUGAGCGUGUGGGCAACUCAUCCUCCACCGUUGAUCCGAGAUCCCACAAUCUGACAGUACCGAUCAACCCUUGGGCCCCUGCUGUCCCCAUCUCUCAUGGACCGUUCGAUCGUGAUUGUAAGUGACACAGCAGGCUAAUUUUGUCGAUGUAUAAAAGCAUCAUUGAUGAGUAGUAUCAAGGGGGCUUUUGUUUAGAAGGUCUAAAGAUAUGGUUGUUAGCGUUGUGAU